AUGGCCACCACAGCCACUUCAGCUUAUCAUGUUGCGCAGUUGAUAGAUAAAAUGAUGUCAGUAGACAAGGACUACCGUUUUAUGGCAGUUAAUGAUCUGAUGCGUGAAUUGCAGACAAACAAUAUGCGGCUUGAUGAUGAUUCGGAAAAAAAGGUAGUUCGCAUGCUGAUUCGUCUUCUUGACGAUAACAACGGCGAAGUGCAGAAUUUGGCAGUGAAAUGUCUAGGCACUGUAACUCAACGUGUUAAAGAAGCUCAGGCAGAGACUCUUGUGGAUGCUUUAUGCUCAAUGAUGGUUGCCGGCUCAGACUCAUUGCGAGACGUUAGUUCAAUUGCGCUCAAAACUGUAGUUGGCCAUCUGCCGGUGGCAAAUGCAGUGUUUGUCACCAACCUGAUGAAGCGAUUGGUUCCGAAAUUGAACGCUGCGUUAGAGCAAACAAAACCGAACGACUCAGUCCGUUUGGAAGUUGUGGACAUCUUAGGCGACGUGUUGACCCGCUUCGGAUCCUUGAUCACUUCCGUGCACAAGGAUACACAGAAAGUAUUGCUCGACCAGCUCUCGCUUGAACGUCCUGCGCUCAAGAAGAAAUCAACACUUGCCCUUGGAGCGAUGAUGUCUGUGUGCUCCCAUGAGUUGUUCAAGGAUACUAUGAAUGUAUUUGUUGAGAGGCUGUGUGAUGCAAAGGGAUCACACCCUAUCCGCACUUACGUAGUUGCUUUAACAUGUGUGGCAAAAACCAGCGGAUCACGAUUUUCUGAAUAUGUUCAUAAGGUGGUCCCUAACGUUUUGGAUCAGGUAGAAGCGGCUGACGAUGACGAGCUGAGGGAAGCCUUGUUACAAUCUCUGGAAACAUUUACUUACCGUUGUCCACGGGAAAUGGCGGUAUAUCAGGAUAGAAUUCUUAAAAUUGUAACUAGCGACCUGACGUACGAUCCAAAUUAUUCCUAUUCCGACGAUGAAGACGAUUCAUCAAUGGAAUUAGGAGAAGGCGAUACUGAUGAGGACGAUGCGGAAGAUUAUUCUGACGACGAUGAUAUGAGUUGGAAAGUGAGGAGAGCAUCAGCGAAGACUAUUGAAGCAAUGAUUGUGUCUCGUCGUGACCAACUUCCUUCCUCUGUCCAAACACUUGGUCCUCUUCUCAUUUCUCGUCUGCGAGAACGCGAAGAGAACGUUCGAGUCGAUAUCUACAACGCCUACAUUGCCAUACUCUCCCAAGCACGUCUCGUCGUACCAAACGCUUUGGCAGCGGUGCAUAAAGAUGACGACGCUGAAGACCCCAUCAAGAUCGGAACCACAUUAUUCUCACCGUCAGCAUUGUCAGGAGAGCAGCAACAACUACUCGAGGCUAUCGCUGCGCAGGCAGAACCGUUGCUGAAGGCAGUUAUGAAGCAACUGAGGUUGAAGUCUCCCAGAACACGAAGUCUUUCUUUCGAAUUGCUGGCCAGUUUUGUGAGGACUCUUCCUGGUUCUCUGACAUCUUCUCUUCCUACCUUGUUGCCUAGCUUGUCGAAUGCGGUCCUCGAUCGCGCCAGUGGGGCCCCCAUGAAAAUUGAUGCACUUUCGUUGCUAUCUCGUAUCAUAAAGUCACACGAUCAUUGUGUAUUUGCUCCGCAUCUUGAAAAUGUGGUUGAACUCUGUGUGGGUGCAAUACGGGACAAUUUUUACAAGGUGUCUGCCGAGGGACUGGGAGUUUCGUCACAGCUUGUUCCGGUUAUUCGCGAUUGUGGCGGGGGAAAUUUUGUUCCUACUUUAUAUGACGCUAUUUUUGAAAAGCUGAAGAUCAAUGAUAUUGAUCAAGAGGUGAAAGAACGUGCUAUCUACGCUGCUGGUCUAUUUGUUGCAACUUUUGCUGAUGACAUGCCUUCUAUGGUUCCGACUACAUUAGAAUUAAUGGUCGAGCGUCUUCGUAAUGAGAUGACUCGUCUUUAUGCUGUUCGUGCUCUUAUAAUGAUUGUUGAAAGUCGCACUCCUCUUGUGGAUCUGACAGCAAUUGCUCCUGUACUUCUACCCAUAAUGACGGAUUUCCUAAGGAAGAACUCGCGGGCCUUAAGGAUCGGCACUCUCCAUCUUUUGGAGGCAUUGCUCUUGAGGGAUGAUUUGCCUCUGUUGGAUUCUGAUGAUCUAUCUCAGGCCACCGCCGAAUUACCAGCUUUAAUCAAAGAGUCCGAUUUACAGAUCUCGCAACUGUCUUUGAAAUGUAUCACAGUUGGUCUGGAAGCUCAUCCAGCCAGAGUGGGACCCCAUUUGACGCCUAUAUUGUCCGCUGUUGUUCACUUAUCUCAGUCUGCUUUGCUCCAGGGAGCUACCUUGCAGGCAUUUUUGGAUAUGAUACGAACGCUUGUAUCCAAUCCUGUUCCUGGCAAACCAGAGUUUGAGGAACUGUUGGACCAGCUGACUGCACCAGUGUAUGAUGUGCCUAAUCUGUCCCGCCAAGCAUUCCAGUCUAUCUCUGCAGCUAGUGGAGUGGUUGCUGCUGCUAGUGGUGACAUUGAGAAAGCUCGAUCGUUAGCCGGUAAGUUAGCUGACCAACUUCGGAAUGAAAAGUCGACGGAUGCGAUCAGGCUGUUCAGCGUUCACGCCCUUGGGGAGCUGGGUCGACGAUAUAAGGAGGUGUACGAAGAUUCUCACCUCGAGCCUGAAAAACUAAUCAUACCGACUUUCAAUUCCAACUCAGAAGAUCUCAAAGCAGCCGCAGCGCAGGCGCUUGGGGCCUUAGCUGUCGGCAAUCACACCCGCUUUCUUCCUUUUAUUCUUAAUGAAAUUCAAACCCAGCCAAAGAGACAAUAUCUACUUUUGCAUGCGCUGAAGGAGGUGAUUGGACACGAAUCCACUAACAUUGUUCCCAUUGAAGUAUUCCGAUCUCGUAUUAGUGAGAUCUGGCCUGUGUUGAUCGCUCAUGCGGACGGCAAUGAGGAAGGCACGAGGAAUGUUGUGGCUGAAUGCCUUGGAAAGCUCUGCGUUAUUGACCCGCAUGGUCUUCUACCGGAACUGAAGAACUUGGUGGCUUCACCGUCCGCUCGAGUGCGUUCCACGGCUGUGACAGCCGUGAAAUUCAUGAUUUCUGACGAGAAGAGACCAGUGGAUGCUGCUCUUCAGCAGUGCAUUGGGGAGUUUUUGCAAACUAUGACCGAUUCUGAUCUUAAUGUUCGUCGUGUGGCUCUCGUUGUUCUGAACUCAGCUGCUCAUAACAAACCAUCUUUGAUUCGAGGCCUCCUGGAUGUUCUGCUUCCGUCUGUGUAUUCUGAAACGCAGGUUCGAAAAGAACUGAUCCGUGAGGUGGAAAUGGGACCUUUUAAACACCAAGUCGAUGAUGGUUUAGAUCUUCGUAAAUCUGCUUUCGAAUGUAUGUACACACUUCUUGAAAGCUGCCUGGAAAAAUUGGAAAUUUUCGAGUUUAUCAACUACGUGGAGAAUGGCCUAAGAGAUAUGCACCACGACAUACGUCUAUUGAGCUAUCUUAUGCUUAUGAAACUGGCAAUUCUUUGCCCGAAUCAACUCGUUCAACGUUUGGAUAAGAUCUGCGAGUCACUAAAGACACAAUUGCAAAUCAAACCGAAGACGAAUGCAGUGAAGCAAGAAAUUGAUAAGCAAGACGAGCUCAAACGCGCAGUUAUUCGAGUUGUUUUGGCUUUGCAGAAAAUCCCAGACGCUGAACGGCAUCAACAGCUAGCAGAUGUGGCGGCCAUGAUGCGCUCUUCGGCCGAGCUUCGCGCACUUACCGAAGUCGUUCAGCGGGAUGCAAUGCGAACAUUUGCUGCCGGCGACGUACCUAUGGAUACUAUUUGA